AUGGCAUGCAAAGGCACAAACAAUUCAACAGCAACAACUUCAACUUCCAACUCUGAUAAAGAUGACGUAUUCGGUAGCGAUGACUUUACUAUAACACCCAAUCGGUUGUUUUGGCUAAUGCGGAAAAAUAAUGGAGAGAGACUGCGAGACGCUGAGGGAUUUCGUUUACGAGCUGCUGGAAUAUGCACACGCGGUGAGGGUAACAGCCGGGAAAUCUUGCUAGUUACUGGUGGCAAAGACGAUGGUCGAUGGAUCAUUCCGGGUGGUGGCAUUGAGAAGAAUGAAAAUGAAUCGGAUGCCGCUUUACGUGAGGUUUUUGAGGAGGCUGGAGUUAAGGCGGAAAUUUUAACUCGUGUCGGAGAAUUUAGGGAUGAAGAAAGACGGCAUCGGACAGUGGUAUUUCUUUUAAAAGUUAAGGAAGAAUUAAAGGAAUGGGAAGAUAGCUGUUUCGGACGACAGAGGGAAUGGGUAAGCCUACAAGAAGCAUUGCGACGAGUGAAACAUUCGCAAACAUGUAUUAUUGAACAUAUUUGUAGUAUGUAG